AAUUAAAUUUAUUGUUUUUAUUGCUGCCACCAUUCCCCCUACACCACCAACAACAUGCCUUAUGCUGCUGCUGCUACUUUGCUUACCUCCUUGACAGAAUUCUCUCCAGCCGUGAAGCGCAGUAUAUGUGUCUGCUGUUUGUUGUUGUUAUUGUUAAUAAUGAAAAUUUAUUUAAAUAAAAUUCAAUUUAAGAAAUUCAUAUUUUGUCAUCUCGUUGUGCUCUGUGGCUUAAUUCUCCACUCGACAGUCAAUUGUCGUCGCAGUGUUGUUGUGCAUGCUGUUGGCUACUGCUGCUGAUGGCUGCGAGCGAAUCUGUAUUUUUGUUAUUGUUGCUUUUGUGUUUUUUGAGAAAUCGGAAUACAAAACAAGUGUUGUGAUAAGUUUGUUUGCAAAUGUAUGUUAAAUUUUAUGCUAAUGAAGCAGAACAAAAAUAAAACCCUGCAGUCAGCAUAAACUCAGGCAAUUUGCAAAAUCAUUUAAGAAUUUUAUAUUGAAAAGAAGAAAAUAAAGAGCUAAAAGUCAAGCCACAAAAUACAUAAUAUAAUAAACCAAAACAGCAACCAACCAACUAUCCUCACUCACCAUGGAUUCAGAUUCGGAUAAUGAACAAUCGGUACUAUGCGAGAAAAUCAUCAAUGACAUGCACACUGUUUUUCUCAAGGACACUGAAUUAUCAUCAUUUGAAAUCAUACCCACUGUCUUGAAUCGCAACAAAUCACCUGUUAUACAUGUGGAACAUAACAUGGGCCUGGAAUCAUGGUGUGCCAAACAUGUAUAUGAUCAUGCCCAUCGCAUGCUGAUGGGCUACAAGAAACAAACUGUACAACGCUAUGUCCAACAGAGUGAUAAUCUGCUGAAGUACCUGAAUGUAGCAUUACUCAUUAAUCCCGAUGUAACUGCCUUUUGGCAUAUACGUAGGCAACUGGUGCAAAAGAAUCGCCUGAAAAUGAAUCGAGAGCUGAAGUUUUCCACUUUGGUGUUGAGCAAGAAACCCAAAUCCAAUGAAGCUUUUGCCUACAGGAGAUGGUUGUAUUCUUUUCAGAGUGCCGAUGCCAUUGAUUGGCAUCAUGAAAUUGGCAUUUGUGAACGCUGUGCCGAUCGCAGUUCCAGCAAUUAUCAUGCCUGGUCUCAUCGCCAGUGGGUCUUGCAAAAUGCCCCCAUAUUGAUACGUGCCGAGAUUAUGCGCUCCGAAAAAUUUAUGCGCAAACAUAUCAGCGACUAUAGCAGCUAUCACUAUCGCCAAUUGCUGAUAUCCUAUGCCUAUAAGAUGAGCUAUUAUGAUGCCGAGGAGCUGCCACAAUUGUUCGAUUUGAAGGAACUAAUCAGCUACUAUCUGAUUGCCGAUGUUCAAAGUCCUGCACAAAUUUUACAAAUUAUGCUGCCCGGCAUAGAUCAGGCAGCGGUGGGAGAGGCCCGUCUAAAAUCGUUCCUAUACUGCUGUAAUUUAUCGGCCCACGAUAUGCGCCUAUGUGAUGAUCAAAAGAAUAUGUAUGGCGAACGGGAAUCCUUUGAACUGCAUCGCCGAGCUUCUUUAAAAUUCAUAGUGGAACAAUGUGUACGCCUGCUAAGUGGAGGAGAUAUGAUGGGCAUGUAUUCACCGCCCGCCACACCGGUGCAACAGCAAGAAUUCAAUUUGCAUUUAAGAAAAUUCAAUUAUAAUUCCUAUGAAUUUUUAACAGCCCUCAAGAAGUCCGAAAGUCUUUUGGGCUCAAAACAUCGAAAAUGGUGUUCAUUGUUUUUGGGUUUCGAUUAUGAGACAGGAGCUGCCUAGAAGAGACAAAGAUUAUGUUAAAUAAUAGAAGAAGAAUGCUAUAGUUUGAGCGAUUUGUUAUACAAUAUGUGCAAUGUGCAAUGAAGUAUCUGUAUUAUCUCAGAUAGAUAUAUAAUAAUACAUUUUUUUUUACCAUACAACUCCACAACUCGAUGGGAUGAUGAGGAUAGUUUAGUAGUUAUACAAAUUUCAUUAUAAAAGAAGAAAAUUCAUGCAAAUUGUACCAGCAACACUUUAAUUGAAAAUAAAUAUUGAGUUCAAUUAAUAAAUUAA